AUGGAUAUUGUUGUUCCUCCCUCUAACAGAGGUUGCUUUGGGAUUGAUGAGAGAGUUGAUGGGAGUGCUGGAGCUUUGCUUGACUUUGAUGCCGGGCAGAGGAUAGACGAAGAUUUAUCCUUUUCGGGUAUUGUCAUGGAUGCUUGUCCGUUUCUAGAAUCUAUUGAAAUUUUUUCCAAGAAAGCCAUGAAUUGGAAUAAAAAUCAUUUUGGAAAUAUUUUUGGUAAGAAGAAGAGAGUUAUGGCUCACCAUAACGGCAUACAAAAAGCCAUAGCCAUCUACCCCUCGCAUUCUUUGCUUCAGUUAGAAAAGAACUUAUUCAAAGAGCUUAAUGUCUUGUUAAACCAAGAGGAGUUUUGGGUGCAAAAAUCUAGAAUUAAUAGGCUAUUUGAGGGUGAUAGGAACAUUGCCUUUCACCAUAUGACUACCAUUAUAACUGGUCCUGAGAGUUUGGGAAAUUACCACCCAAUCAGUUUAUGCAACAUAGUGUACAAGAUGGUCACCAAGAUUCUUGUUGCUAGAAUUUGGCCUUAUCUUGAUAAACUUGUCUCUCCUCUUCAGUCGGCUUUUGUCGUGGGUAGGAAAAGUGUGGACAAUGCCAUUGUGGUCCAAGAACUCAUCCAUACUAUUAGUAGCAAGAAAGGAAAUAUGCAAACCCAAGAAAGGUCUUCGAGCUGCCGAGGCGUGGCUUUUGAUAUCAAACCUCAUGCAGAUCCCUUUGCCAUCAAAAUACCUUGGCUUGGCUCUCCCAAAGAGUUGCCUUCUUUUAUUCAGAGGUCUAUAAGCAAAAGCAGCAGCCACUUUUGUGAUCUUGACCUGGACGAUGAAGAUCAUGAAGAUAUUGGUUUGGAGGUUGUGGAACAAGGGAACGACGUAGAGAAACAGAUCAAGCAAACCCCACUUCCACUUUUGACUGCAACUAUACAUGAACAAGCAUCAAAGCCAUCUCGAAAGAAAAAUUCGAGGCUGUUAGUUAUACUGCUCGACCAAGGGUUUUUCACAGUGUACAAGGGACUCUUUUCAAUUUGCUUGAUUCUAAACAUUACUGGCUUGGUUCUUGCAACCACGAGGCAUUUCUCGUAUGGGAAGAAUAGAACUGCCCUUUUCGCCAUUGCCAAUAUACUUGCUUUGACACAGUGUAGGAGCGAGGCCUUCUUGCGUGUUGUUUUUUGGCUCGCGGUCAAGUUCUUGGGAAGGUCGUGGGUGCCUCUCUUUAUUAAGACAGCCACAACAUCCCUUCUCCAAAGUCUCGGAGGUAUUCAUAGUAGCUGUGGUGUCUCUUCAAUUGCAUGGCUCAUGUAUGCCUUAGUCCUUACCCUCAAAGAUGGAGACAACAGUUCACCUGAGAUCAUAGGUGUAGCCUCCACCAUUCUUGGCCUUCUUUGCCUCUCUUGCUCUUCUUGGGUCUUUAUUAUUCUUACAAUCUCUUAUGAUCCAAAAGCCAAAUCCUACAAAAAAGACAUUAGUUCCAGCUUGAUCAAACGGCAAGAGUUUUGGUUCACCGUGUCCAUCACUUUCUUAAUCAUCUUGCCAUGGAUGACAGUGAGACGUGUCCCCAUUAAGGUCUUUGCUCCUUCAGGCCACGCCGCAAUUGUCAAGUUUGAUGGCGGAGUAAAAGCUGGUAUGUUGGGUAGGAUUAUUCCAUCCCCUUUAUCGGAACGGCACGCAUUUGGCAUAAUUUCUGAUGGGAAGAAAGAGCACAUGAUAUUAGCUGGUGCUGUUGGUGACUUCACAAAGUCCUUGGUGUCAAAUCCACCAAGCCAUUUGUGGGUUCGAAAAGUGCACUUUGUGGGCUUGCCUUAUCUUGUUAAUAUGUAUGAUAGGGUUUUGUUGGUGGCAACAGGUUCAGGAAUUUGUGUGUUUCUAUCAUUCCUUUUGCAGCCAUGUUCUGUUGAUGUGCGUGGGUGGCCAAAAGACAAGGUGAUUAUGCAUGAUACUGCUGUGUUUGGUCGUCCCAAUUUGUCUCAACUGAGCAUUGAUGCAGCUAAAAAUUGGAGCACUGAAAUUGUUAUUGUUACCAGCAAUCCAGAAGGAAACAGAGAUGUUGUCAACGCAUGCAAGGCAGCUGGAAUUUCUGCCUUUGGUCCAAUAUGGGACUCGUAA